GAUAUGAACAUCGAUUAUUAAUGUCAAUAAGACGCGGUGUGCACAGCGUAGCCGACAAAGCUAAUUGUCAAAACAUUUAAAAUUACAAGAUUUGAAAUUUAGCUUGUAUUUGUGUUAUCAGUUUCGCAACGUUGAUUGUUAGGAAUUAUUUAAUUGUUAAUGUUAUAUGAAGAUGUCUGUCGCCGCAAAUGUAUUUACUUCUAAGCCAAAAACGGGAAAUAAACUGUCAACGAGAAUUGAUGCAGAUGGAAAUGAAGUUGAGGUUGAAGUACGGGAUGAUGAAGAACAAAAAUUGAAAUUUCAGGAAAUAAUUGAUCUUCUUGUAGCAGCUGGGUAUUUCCGAGCUCGAAUUAAAGGACUUUCGCCAUUUGAUAAGGUUGUAGGAGGGAUGACAUGGUGUAUUGAGACAUGUAAUUUUGAUGUUGACGUUGACUUGCUUUUUCAAGACAGUUUUACAAUAGGGCAGAAAAUUGCACUGACAGAAAAAAUUGUUGCGGUGCUACCAGAGAUGAAAUGUCCUCACCAGAUUGAGCCUCACCAAAUUCAAGGAUUGGAUUUUAUCCACAUAUUUCCUGUUAUUCAGUGGCUAGUGAAAAAAUCAAUGGAAACAAGAGCUGAGAUUGGAGAUUUCUUGCGUUCAUAUGCGGUCAGUCAAUUUGAUAAACAGUAUGGUGGAGCAGAAGAGGAAACCACUUUAAAGCAGCGAGCCAGUAUUACCCAAAAUAUUCUGAGUGUGAAGGAACUCUACCACCCACAACGAAGGUUCCGGAGAAAGGGGCCACCACCUGAAGAUGAGGAAACAUCUGUUUACAGUACUUUAUUGGAAUAUGGUCAUAGCAUAAAGAUGUUUGAUGUACCUGUUGGAACAGAAUCAGGUAUCAGUGCUGAUGACAGCAGUCAGGAACGUACUGUUGAUGUUCAAGAAACUCGAAAACUUGAGGAGCAAAAAAUCCAGAAAUUAAUGAACAACCUGUCAUCUAUGGGAGAACAAGAGAGCCGUGUAACUGCUGGAGUUGUUGGUAGUAUAGUCAGCCUGCAAGCCCAAGAAAUUGCCCAGGCAGCUGAACGAUAUGCUGAACUGCAAGCAGAACGAGAGGUUUCUGGAGCAAUACCACCAGUACCAAGUGGAAGAACCUUGGUGGCUAUAAAUCGCCAGAAAGCAGCACUGCAGGAAAAAGUGAUGCAAUUGACUGCUGAACAAGAGAAAGCACAAGAGGCUAUGAACAAAGCUGUACAACGUCUGCAGCAGCUGAAAGAGUCCAAAGAAGAAGUUGAGACAGCACUUGCAGACAAGGAGAAAUUAGAAACAGAGGAGAACCAAGUUAUAUUGAAAAAGCUGCAAGCCCUUGUGGUUAUAAAUGAAACUUUAAAACAGCAAGAACAGCAGUUCCGUGAACAGUGUAAAUCUGAGCUCACUCGCUUACAACAAAUGGUUAGAGAAGCUCAGGAAAGCACCUCUCCUGAUGAGGAUAGUGAAAAAGUGGCACAGAAACUUGAAGAGGAACGUGAGCGUGUGCAGAAACUGCGACUUUUAUUGGCAAAGAGAAACCGAUCCAUAGCAGCAUUGCAGAGACAGUUGGAUGAAGUGCCAGGCCGUGCUGAGUUGGCACAAUACCAACGACGUUUCCUGGAACUAUAUAACCAAGUUGCAGCAAAACAUAAAGAGACAAAGCAGUUCUACACUCUCUACAACACGUUUGAUGACACUAAACUAUAUACAAGCAAGGAACUAACACUGCUAAAUUCAAUACUUGACAAUUACACAGAGGCCAUGUCAUCCCCUGCUGGUAAAGAACAGUUCAUGAAGCAAUUUGAUGCAAUUGUUGAAGGAAUUAAGCAGAAUAAAGCAAAGGUCGAGCGACGGCGUGCAGAAGAACGGCAGCGAAGGGAUCGACUCAGCCAGACACUACUAGGGCUUGUAGAUCAGCAAAGACGUUAUGUAGCAGCAGUGCGGCAACUUACCAUAGAGUGCCGGCGCAAUGAGGUCCUGCUAGCACAACUUCGUGGUGUCUGAAUGACACGCAUGCAAGGGGGGGGGGCUCACCCAUUUUAUUUCUUAAACACAGGUAAAAAGGUUGGUAGGCAAAAGCAAAUUUAAAAAAAUAAUGCAUUAGAUAAAAACCUAGGCACUAAAAGUUUAAACAUUUUGAACCAUGCAAUUAGUACCGGAAUAAUAGAAGGCAAGUAAAGGGGAGUUUCAAUUGUGAAUACCAUUGUAAUUCUGGGAACAUUAUCACUGGGCAUGCACUCAGUGAAGUUAUUUUAUUUAUGUAAUAUAAUUCUCUCCAUUGACCCAUAUUAGUUUGUUUUUUGUGAACCUGAAAUAUUUCCUUGUUACUGUGCAGCAUGAAAACUGUAAACACAUACAUGUUUUUUAAAGGUCAUUUAUAAAUGUUCAGUUAAUUCUCAGAAGCAGUUUGUUCCAAAAAUGUUGCUAAAAUGCCUCAAAUAAAAGUAUGUUUACCAAUUA